CAUCGAAAUCGACAGUGGACAGCUGACCGGCGCCUGCGCGGACAAAGAGAGAGAGAGAGAGAGAGAGAGAGAGAGGGAGACACUAUGAAGGUCGGAAAGAAGAAACCCGAGGCGGCGGCGGCGGCGGCGGAGGCUGCGGGGGAAGACGGUAGAGUUGAGGAUGGCAGCGGCGAUGUCGGAGACGAGGAGAAGGAAGAAGAAGAAGAUGAAGAAGAAGAAGAAGAGGAAGAAGGGGAGGAGGUCGGGGAGGCGGAAGCAGGCGAGGUCCCGAGAUUAGAGGACGGUUUCUACGAGAUCGAAGACAUCAGGAAGAAACGAGUCCGCAAGGGUCAAAUCCAAUACCUAAUCAAGUGGCGAGGAUGGCCGGAGACGGCCAACACCUGGGAACCCUUCGAGAACAUCCAGUCCUGUGCUGAUAUCAUCGAAGCAUUCGAAGAGAGAUCGAGGUCGCCGCGGGCACGGAGACGAAAGCGGAAGCAUGGCGGUCCGUACGGCAUCGCGGCCCACAAGAAGCGAUCUCUCCAGACUGAGGAAUCAAAGACGGCACCGAAUCCAACCUCGUUGAAUCAGAAUGACGCCACGGGCACGGCGGUGGCUGGUGCAGAUGGCGAUAAAAGCAUGGGGCUAGUUGGAAAGAAACUGGUAGUGGAGGAAGAGAUAGGAGACUUGAAGAAGAGCAGGGCAGAGGAGGUUAACUUGACCACUUCGUUAGAUAGAAUGGGUGAUGACCAGAACUUGGAGGUUCUUAAUUCUGCAGAGCAGAUAGGAACCAAUGGACAUGUCUCUGUGAAUCCCCCUGAGGCACGGGAGGAGGAUGGCUCCACGGAUGGGUUCUCUAAGGUCGAAAGCACUCGGGCUUCGCAGGGCAAUGUCGUCACAGGUGCGAAGAGAAGGAAAUCUGGGUGUGUGAGAAGGUUCCAGCAGGGUUCUGCUAUGGGUCAUCAGGAUGAGCAGCAGAAGACAUCUAUGAGAAGGCAAACUGGAUCUUGCGGCAAGGGUGAGAAAUCAGGAAAUAAAAAUGUUAAUUCUGAAUUAGAGGACAAGAAUAAGUUGGAUGAUACUGGAGAACUGCCUUCAAUCACAAAGCUACUGAAGCCAGUUCGCUUCUAUGCUUCCGUGACAAACAAUGUGCAGCAAGUGUCCAUAACAUUCAAGGCUCUGAGGUCUGAUGGAAAAGAAGUGCUUGUGGAUGACAAGGAACUAAAAGCUAAUAACCCAUUGUUGCUGAUCAGCUUCUAUGAGCAACAUCUUCGCUAUAGUCCAAAUCAAUGAGCAAUUCAAUAUCAAGGUUAACAUUCAUUCUUCAAGUUUGCCGCAGCUGAAGAACCAGAUUUAUGGCUUACCGAUGUCUCAACCUGGUAGCCGGAUGCAGUUUCGUGUGCAGUACUAGUCUGGCUUGAAUUAGGCUUUUUUGGUUUCACAGACUGAAAGCCUUAUCCCUUGCUGUGUUGUAACAUUGGCAACUAGUAGUGUUGCUUCAGAAUCAGAUGAUAGUCUGUAUCAUUGGCAUGCUCUAUUGUCGUGUAUAUAAUAAUCUUAUGAUCAUUGUUUUAGACAUUAACAGA